UGGUUGAAAAGCUUCGGUUUUGUUGUUGACGUUAUGUUGAAAUUCGUGCAUCAGGUGGGGCCGUGCAUCAGGUGAUCAACCACGGUAUUUGAUAUGGUUUGGAAUGAACUCAGACCGUGAUAAUGUGCCCCCGCUCCUCACACAACUCAUCCCAGCAGGCCACUGCACCUGCCAAUCGUCCACUUCGUUUCAAUGCGCCGACUGCCUCACCUGUCUCGCCUCGCCAUCACCAUCGGAACCAGAGCACCCUGCAACUUGGGGUUUCCAGUACGGACGAGACGACCAGAACCUAGGCCUAAGCCAGAGUCAGUGCCAGGCAGCAUUCCUCGGUCUCUUCCAGGACAUCCACCGAGGGGUCGAGUAUUGGAAGUCGCGAGGAGGCAUAUCAAGAGAUGAUCUGAACAUGGUCCCACUCAAAGAUGGCAUGGCCCGCGCCAUCAUCUCCAACGGAGACCUACACGCCGAAGGGCGGGUGGGGCUGCUGACCUAAGAGACGGCUACCACACAAAUAUUUUAAUCCGAUAUGAUUCCGUGAUGGUGAACGGCGUUGGUUCCGAAUACGAUCCUAUCCAGGAUCCGACAAGAUGACCUAAUCCAAGGUCCGUUGAGACGCGAUACUGUUCCGUGGAUAGCUCAAGUCCAAAAGGCCAGGCCUACUAAGUACGUAUACUCAGUAGUUAAGGAAGUGUGAACAAGUCGAAUACUAACU